AUGAUAUUCCGCGUGGUGGGCCUGUGCAAGCCAUGCCUCAACCAGGCGUACCCCCUGCGGAAGCAGCUCCUGCUGAGUUUCCUUGCAUUUGCCACGGCAAGCCUGCUGCUGGCCCUAGCGGUUGUCAUAGGCACGACGGCCUUCAUCGGCGACAAGGCCAGGGUCGCGGCCCGUGUCAGCCUGGAGAACCAGAUCAAGCGACACCUCACGAACGCCAGCGAGGAGGCCGCCACCACCAUUGGAGCAAGGUUCCGGAAACUCCAGUACGGUGUGCUCGACGUCACGGCGUUCGCCCUCAGGGACACACGUCAGGAGGACCUAGUCCUCGCUGGAGGCGAUGAAGGGUACCCACUAACCCCGGCCCACACCGACCUUCGCGAUACUGAGAUCGCAACAAGCGCAGAAGCUAACCUGCAGAACUUCACCCGAAUGAAUUUCGAAGUGGAUCUGUCACGCAGCACCUGGUACUACGCUGAUGCCGAGUCCUACACAGUCGAGGUUCCGGAGGACGAGAUGGCCACGAUCACUCAAACCGCCCGGCUGGAUCUGCUGUGGCCGGCCGUGUACAUCAACUCGUACGAGACAAAGGGGGUCUACGUUGGAGUAGAGCUCUCGACGACGGGCCGGACGUUCCGCUAUUUUCCGGGAACGGACCUCAGCGGGGUGGAGGGAUCUCGUUUCGCAUGCGAGUACGUGGAGGAAGACGGUUCGAUCGCUCCGUGCUUCGACCCGACCGUUCGCCCCUGGUACGAAACAGCCGAGGACGAAGAUUAUGACUCGGAGACUUUUCUCGGACCAGCCAUCAUCACCGAUCCCUUCAAAGGCGCAAUCGACGACGAUUGGUUGGUGGCCCUGGCCCGUGCAGUCUACAGCAACUCGGGAACGACUAGCGGCAGCCUCCUUGGAGUGGUCGGCAUGGACGUGCGGCUGGAGGAAGUGCAGGAGUCAGUGGAGGCCAUCAACUUCCUCGAUACUGGCUACUCUAUCCUGGCGACGGCUGAUGAAGGAGUAGUGCUGGCCGCCGGCGUGUGGGACGAGGACGCUUCGGAGGAAGCCCCAACGGUCUGCGACCUUGGUAUCGGCAUCUGCUCCGGUCGUGACGGUGACGGGUGGACGGACCUGAUAGCAGACACCGAGAACGGCGAAGUCAAAAGCUUCACUUCGAAGUCCACCGACGGCGUCGACGAGGAGUGGAUCCUGGUCGCCGCCCCCGUGGAGGGCACCUUUGACACGGCCAUUUCCGGCGGUGCGGGCACGGUAACCCACUACAUCCUGAGCGCUGUUCCUCGGAACGAAAUUUUCGAGACGGUGGUUGGAAUGGUGGACGUGAUAUGGGACAGUACGAUACAGAUCAUCAUUCCAACGGCCAUCGUCGCCUGCUGCACCCUGGUCGCCGUCGCUCUCUCCGUCUACUUCCUGGCUGGCUCGAUCGUCCGCCCCAUCGUGAAGAUGACCAAGGCCGCACGCAGUAUCACCGCGGACGGGGCGGAAACCGACGUCUUCGGCAGUGUAGCGGCGGAUUGGGGCAUCAAGAAAGACUCGGCCAGAGGCGUUGGUGGGGGACGUUUCUUGGACUAUCUCCUCUGCCGGGGAGACGAUGAGAUCUCCACUCUCGGCAGAGAGUUCCAGCUCAUGAUCACCGGGCUCGGGAAGCGGGGAUUGGCGGCGGAGGCGAUAGGUCUGAUGGAAGAGCGCGCAGGAUACCCCAUGAACCCGUUCACAUCGGGGCCGUCGGCGCGCACGGCGGCCGCCGCUGCCGCCACCGCUGCUACUGCCCCGUGUGCGCCGGACGCCGCUGUGCUUGGUCCAAUGUCGUGAGGGUGAGCGUGCCGUAGCUCCAAGCUCCAAUCGCGGCUGGGGUAUUUCUCAGCUGGUAUUUCUGCCGGUACCACCGCCGUUGCCGUUGAGGCAUCGUACAGAAGAUGAGGGGGACACUAUUGCAGUGCCUGCCCCGGAUUUUGUACUGCCAACGACACCGGCCGCCGCCGCCCGUGAGCGAUGGCUCCGAUGCCGGCGUUUUGCUCGAGGACGUGGCAGAUGCGGGCUGACUUUUGUUUUCUCGUCGUCGUCCAUUCUACGGUCAUUUCCCCGUGCCGCGACCUCGAAGCGCCAUUGUUAAUAAUGAUGAUCGUUUGGUCGUUUGCCGU